UUUGACGAGAGCGCCUGCAGGAUGAACGACAUAGACAUAGACUUGGAGCGGAGCAACCUCAAGCCUGCCAGCAGCUACACCAGCACCUCGCUCCAUGAGGCUGUCAAGCUGCGCCUGGAUGUGGGUGCGACGGGAGCCGUGUCCGUGCUGCCGCCGCAGACCAUACCGCGGCGCUUCCAGGACGUGUGCCAGCAGUUUGCGGAUCACCCAGCCCUUGUCUGGGAGACGCCCGGAAGGGGGGUAAAUGGCUGGACCACCUUGACCUAUGCCGAUUACCAGCGCAGAGUGGAGCAGGCGGCGCUGAUGCUGCUUAAUGUUGGACUGGAGGAACGCAGCUCGCUGGGCGUCUUGGCCUUCAAUUGUCCCGAGUGGUUCUUUGCCGAGCUGGCAGCCCUACGUGCUGGUGCCGUUGUGGCUGGCAUCUAUCCCAGCAAUUCGGCGGAGGCAGUGCGUCACGUGCUGGCCACCAGCGAGGCCACGGCCUGUGUGGUGGACGAUGCUCAGCAGAUGGCCAAGCUGAGGGGCAUCAGGGACAAGCUGCCGCGCCUGAAGGCAGUCAUUCAGCUGCACGGACCCUUCGAAGCCUUCGUGGACCAGGAGGAGGGCUACCACAGCUGGCAGCAGCUGGAGGAGAAGACUUACCCGAAUGCUCUGAAGCAGGAGCUUCUCGAAAGGGAGAGCCGGGUGUAUGCCAACGAGUGCGCCAUGCUGAUCUUCACCUCCGGCACUGUGGGCCUGCCCAAGGCUGUGAUGCUCACCCACGACAGCAUUGUGUUCAACGCCAAGUCCGCCUCUGCCAGCAUGAAGGACGUCCAGGAAGGAGCAGAGAGCAUGGUCAGCUUUCUGCCCCUCAGUCACAUCGCCGCUCAGAUAUUCGAUGUCUUCCUGGCCCUCGAGCAUGGCGGUUGUGUGACCUUUGCCGACAAGGACGCCCUCAAGGGAACUCUGGUGCGCACCUUUCAGAAGGCCCAGCCGACGCGGAUGUUCGGAGUGCCGCGGGUCUUCGAGAAGUUCCAGGAGCGUCUGGUGGCCGCGGAGGCCAAGGCCAAGCCCUACUCGCGGCUUCUGCUGUCCAAGGCCCGUGCCGCGGUGGCUGAAUACCGACUGGCUGUGAUGGCAGGGGAGAAGCCUUCGAUCUACGCCACCUCCAAAUACUGGUUGGCCUCCCGCAUGAUCCGACCCAUCCGUCAGAUGAUGGGCCUGGAUAACUGCCGAAGCUUUUUGACCGGCGGAGCCCCCACCUCCGAUGAGAUGAAGAACUUCUUCCUGGGCCUGGACAUAGCGCUGGGCGAGUGCUACGGCAUGUCAGAGAGUGGCGGGGCCAUCACCCUGAACACUGAGAUCUCGAAUCUUUUCAGCUCAGGCCAGCCGAUUGCCGGUGUGGAGGUGAAGGUCCAAGAGCCCGAUGCCAGUGGGAGGGGCGAGAUCGUGCUGCGGGGGCGCAGCAACUUCAUGGGCUACCUGGGCCAGCAGGAGAAGACCGAGGAGACCGUCAGGGCGGACGGGUGGCUGCUCAGUGGGGAUCUGGGCUACUUCGAUCCGCACGGCAAUGUGGUAAUCUCCGGCCGACUCAAGGAGAUCAUCAUCACGGCUGGCGGCGAGAACAUUCCGCCCGUUCACAUCGAGGAGCUGAUCAAGAAGGAGCUGCCCUGCGUAAGCAACGCCCUGCUGGUCGGAGACCAUCGCAAGUAUCUCACAGUUCUGCUGUCCCUGAAAACGAAGUCCGAUCCCACGACGGGCAUCCCGCUGGACGGCCUGCGGGAGGAGACCAUCGAGUGGCUGCAUGAACUGGACCUCAAUCAGACCCGACUCUCCCAGCUGCUGAGCAUUCCGGCCGACCUGCAACUGCCCAGCGACACGGCUGCCAUAUCGGCGGCCCUGAAGAUAUCGGCGGAUCCCAAGCUCCUGGAGGCCAUCGAGGCGGGCAUCAAGCGGGCCAACAAGAAUGCCAUUUCGAAUGCCCAACGGGUGCAGAAGUUCGCCCUCAUCCCCCACGAGUUCUCGCUGGCCACCGGCGAGCUGGGACCCACACUCAAGAUCCGGCGGAAUAUAGUCCACGCGAAGUACGCACAGAUUAUUGAGCGUUUGUACAACUGAAAGAUCUCUUUGGCGACGAUUUCUUAGCUUAGGUUUAGGUUUUAAUCAACUUUGAUUGACAUUGAUAAUUAUAUUAUACAUACAUACAUACGAAUAUA